UCCGCUUCCGCAAUUCUCGAUGGACUUUAGAACCCAGCAGAUCAUAAGCUAGUUUUAUUUGAGGAAGUUCAGCUCGAUAUUUCACAUGUUUGCAACAGCCCUGGCCAGCCGCACCAGAGAGGGUGCACACUGCGUGUUUCAGUCGUCGGUCAUUUUCUAUACGGACGGACGCAGUUGCGCUGAACGUACAGCAAUUCAUUUCUCAGAAUGAUUGAACUUCACUUUAAGGACAAUUUCUGGGGUGCAGAUAUCACCAGCACCGCAGGGUACGACACCAUCAUUCAGCAUUUGAAUGAUGGCAGGAGGACAUGCAAGGAAUUAGAGGACUUCAUAAAGGCCAGGGCUUCUGUAGAAGAAAAAUAUGCCAAAGAAUUGCUUAAUUUAUUCAAAAAGGCCUGCGGUCAAAAUGAAAUGAACACACUAAAGCGGUCACUGGACUUUUUCAAAAUGCAAAUUGAAAAUGUGGGACUCUCACACCUUCAGCUGGCCCAAAAUAUGCGGGAUGAGGCUAAGAAACUUGAAGAUUUCCGAGAAAGGCAGAAGGAAGUGCGAAAAAAGGUAGAACAACAUAUGGAUGCUUUACACAAGCAGACGGCAACGCAGUACAAGAAAACAGUGGAGUCAAAGAAAACCUAUGAGCAAAAGUGUCGCGAUAAGGAGGAUGCGGAACAGACAAUGAACAGGAAUGUCAGCACAAGCAACAUCAAGCAGCAGGAGAAGUUGUAUGCAAAAACGCAGCAAGCGAAACAGACUGCUGAGGAAGCAGACAGAAUGUACAGCCACAAUGUGACCAUGUUCAAUAAGAUUCAAGAAGAAUGGCUGAAUGAAUAUAUCAAGUCAUGUGAGAUGUUUGAACAACAGGAAGUAGAGAGAAUUAACACCUUGCGGAACACCGUGUGGACUCACCUCAACCAUCUCUCUCAGCAGUGUGUUACCAGUGACGAGCUGUACGAGGAGGUGAGGAAGUCUCUGGAGCAGUGCAACAUUAAGGAGGACAUCGAGCACUUCAUCAACCUCAGGAAGACCGGCGACAAGCCCCCAGCUCCCAUCGUCUAUGAAAACUUCUACUCCAGUCAGAGGGUUUCGGUCCCAGGGCGCACAGGACCCCAGGUUAUCAGAAGGGGACCAUUGCCAGGGAGGGCUGAAAAUAGUGUGGCUUAUUCAACCAUUGAUGAUCCUACCUACAGUGUAAUACAACAAUAGCAAUUGGGUGAAUCCAUUGUGACCAGGGAAGAUGCCUGUGGCUUAUGGGUAAAAAAAAAUAAACCCCUAAUCCUGCUUAACCCACACUGGUAAAAAUGUCAUACAGUGGACUGGAAAAAAUGGUUUAUUGCAUAAUAUAUAUUGUAUGCUGUUACAUGUUAAUGAUAAUUGUGAGUUUAUGUGUUAUAAUGUAGACUCAUUUACAUAACAAUUAGCUAAUUAUUUAACUGCUUAAUUGUUUAUAAUGUUUUUCUUUAACUUGUAAAUUUUUGGAAGUGUAUUUUCAUCCAUCCAUGCAUUAAUUUAUAAGCUAUAAUGGCUAUAUUUGUCUAUUUCCUUUAAAGAAUGCUGUUAAAUUAUAACAAUGAAAUGAUGAGGUAAUGAGACGGACACAGAAAUUAUUCACUCACAGCCUGCUGAAAACUACACACACAUUUUCCUGUCCUGAUUCAGGGAGUGAGGUACCAUCAGCAGUGGAGAGUCCAGAAAGUAAAAAUACAGACCAAGACUUUGUUUCAACCAACCAGUUGAAUACUUUGAGACUUCAAGUUUUUAUGCUAAUGUGGUUGGUUGAAACAAAAUCUUGGUCUAGAUUUGUAGUUUUUGAACCUGGAUUUUCCACCUCAAUGUAUAAUUUGUCUUUAUUUACACUGGAAACCCAAAAUAGACCUGUUGGGAGCCACCGCUCAGGUUCCAAGCAAGAAAUUCUCAAUAUUUUAUGUUGCUGUUUUUAUGUGAGCGCAUCUUUCUGCAUUUCUUGGCUUGAACAGUCAAUUACACUGAACAGUGCAGUUUAAUUACUGGAGACAGUCACUGUCUGUGUCUGGUGUAUAACUAUCAGCAAAACAAUAGGUAACACUUUACUAUAACUGUACCUUCACAAUGUCUUUAUAAUGUAUUCAUAGAACAUUCAGUGCACCUUCAUAAUGCAUUCAGGAUUGGGAGGUCACUGGUUUGAGCCCGACAUCGGCGGAAUAGUUGAGCAAGACCCUUACCCCAGACAAAGCCUCAUGUGCACCUCUGCAGGGGGCUGGCCUACGCUGCCAAGCUUGCUCUCACCUACCUGUGUGUCUGUGUCAUUGAGGGCAAGAUGAGGCAAGCAGAGAGAGAAUUCCUUCAUAGGGAUAAAUUGUGUCAUUAUUAUUCGUAGAACAUCCUAAUGUACCUUGACUGUUUUUAGUAUAUAGUCAGAAACAUAUUAAACAUUAUAUUCGUAUAUGUUAAUAUAUAUUAAAGCUGUGAACGUAUGUUAGGAUGUCAAGAUACAUGCUGCUUGUGAAUGCAUAAUAAAUGCAUUACGAAGGUGCACUGAAUGUUCUAUGAAUGCUUAAUGAAUGGUGGUGUUAACAUGUAGUAUUACGAAGCAAGGGUUAUACGAUCUUUACACCAUAAUUUAUAAAUUUGCAAUGGGGCUGUAUGUACUUUUUCUGUUGUGAUUUAAAAGGCAGACUCCAUUAUCUUCCGACCACUUAUCUAUCUUGGGCAGAGCCUGGGAGGGCAAAUGUCCACCCUGGAUAGGAUGUUUGGUUAUAAUGCAUGCUUGUUUUUGCCAAUGCCACAUUUCUUAUUUUUUCCCAAAGAGGUUUCACCUCACUGGUCAUUCUGUAUGAGUCAGGUGAUCUUUGGCAGCAUUCUUUUCAGGGUAGUGCAAUACUCUGGGAAAUAUACUCACAUGCAUGUCCCUCUGAUUGAAUAUCAUAGCUACAGCAGACUCAUGAACAUUUACAAUAGUAAAUGCAAGCCUUAAAGUGAUUUUGUUAAACACUGUUGAGUAGAUCAAGAAUGGUAUUGAAUUUUCACCAUUUGUACAUAAAUUCCCUGACCAAAUGGAGUCCAGACUCAAGAAUAAAAUUCAGUAUGACUCA